GCCACAUGAUGUUGAAAGAUCCUCAUUUGACAACUCGACAGCCUUUCCACCACCUGGUGCAGAAGAAACCACCUGUCCCCCCUGCAGUGUGGCCUUGUGCAGCGAGAGGUAUGUUCAUUCAAACUCAGGACACACCAAACCCAAAUAGCUUGAAGUUUAUCCCAGGGAAGGAAGUGCUGGAGUCAAGGACUAUGGAGUUUUCCACACCAGCUGCAGCAUUUUGCUCACCUCUUGCAAGACAGUUAUUCAGGAUUGAAGGAGUGAAAAGUGUUUUCUUUGGGCCAGAUUUUAUCACAAUCACCAAGGAAAGCGAAGACCUGGACUGGAACUUGCUGAAACCAGAUAUUUAUGCAGUGAUAAUGGAUUUCUUUGCCUCUGGCUUACCUGUGGUUACUGAGGAGGCACCCAGGACAGACACAGCUGCUUCAGAAGAAGAUGAUGAAGUUGUGCUGAUGAUUAAGGAGCUGCUGGAUACAAGGAUAAGGCCAACAGUGCAGGAAGAUGGUGGAGAUGUUAUCUAUAAGGGCUUUGAGGAUGGGAUUGUGCAGCUGAAGCUGCAGGGCUCCUGCACCAGCUGUCCCAGCUCCAUCAUCACCCUGAAGAAUGGGAUCCAGAACAUGCUCCAGUUCUACAUCCCCGAGGUCGAGGGCGUGGAACAGGUUGUUGACGACGAUGAUGACGUGGGGAAAGAAGUAAAUUCUACUUGAGCUUAUGUCAUCCGUGGCCAAAUAAGCAUUUACCUCCUGGUGGAUGUAAACUGUGCUGAGAACAACCAAAUUUGCCUUUGCAGACAAAGAGUUGCACUUCCCUGUGAAAUUCUAUCACCACUAAGCAGUUUGUCCACUAAUUUAUUAGGUGUCCUGCAUUCAAA